AUGACACGCUACCUCUUCCAGGCACUGAAUGGAUCGCCGCUAGAAUUUUCAUUUCCGGUCCUUAUCUCGCAGAUCGGGUCGAUCCCACAGCAAUCGCUCCGGGAAUCAGAGGUCAAGGACCUGUCGCGGGCUCAGGAGAAACAUUUUCUGGUGCUGCUUUGGCAAUCUUCUACUUGUAUCCACCCGGUCAUUUCGGAAGCGGAUUUUCGCGCAUACUAUGAGUCGCUGUGGGCAUCGUCCACGCCCAGCGAUCAAGAUGGCCGGAUCCCAUCUGUUUUGGUCAAUACAACCCUCUUCGUCAACACUUUCGGCCACUCCGGGACUGACGGGGUCGGUGCUGACCGAGGACGACUGGCAGGCCUUGGUGGCCAAUGUCCCUCUAGACUUCCCUCGGUCAAUUGGUCUGGACUACGAACUACCAGGCCAGGGUAUCAUCACGCAGCCUACCGAUGUGACCUCCCCUACUGCAUCUCUUUCGGAUGA